GGUCUUUGCAUCCUCGUGAGUGUCUUCAUCGUUGCCGGGACGACCAAAGGGGCUGACCUCGCCCACGUGACUUAUAUCAGGCUGCUUUUGCUGUGUGUGUCUGUGUGUGUGUGUGUCUGCUGCCGCUCAUACACACACAGACACACAUAUACACACACACAUUGGCUGUAGUCGGCCCGAGCAGACAGUGGAGCGUGUCGUCUGGAGCGACACAAACAGAGACAGGUAGCUUAGUUCGGGCUGUGAAAGAUGGAGCUCUCGGCGGUGGGAGAUCGUGUUUUCGCCGCGGAAUCCAUACUGAAGCGCCGCGUCCGUAAGGGAAGAAUUGAAUACCUAGUAAAAUGGAAAGGAUGGGCAAUGAAGCACAGCACUUGGGAGCCAGAGGAGAAUAUUUUGGAUGACAGGCUGAUACUGGGCUUUGAGCAAAAGGAACGGGAUAGGGAAUUGCACGGGCCGAAGAAAAGGGGUCCGAAACCCAAAAACUUUGUGAUGAAGGUUCGUGCGCGGAAAGGAGAGACCAGCACCCGAGCUUCAAAGUCCCAUCAGAAUACAUCGCACUCCUCUUCGUCCACUUCCAGCCGAGCGACUCCUUCCUCUUCUGCUUCACCUCAUCGUUUAGCAUCUUCGUCCUCCUCUUCCUCAACUGUGGCACCCUCUCCGAAACUCAAUUCUCUAGCCGCCACCCAUAAGCUGAAGAAAGACAUUCAUCGUUGCCACAGGAUGUCCAGGCGCCCUCUGCCCCGCUCAGAUCCCAUGGCGUCCACCUUCUCCAACCCCGGAGGCUUCCCCUCCCGCCUGCACGUCUCCCCUUUCUCCGAGACCGUCCGCAUCCUCAACCGCAGAGUCAAACCCCGGGAGGUCAAGAGAGGUCGGAUCAUCCUCAACCUAAAGGUCAUUGAUAAGCCAGGUCGUGGCGGAACAGCCGCGGGCAGUAGGAAUAUUACAGCAGGACGCCAAAACAUUCCUUCCCGCAAUCGCAUCAUUGGGAAGAAGGGAGAGGCUCCUUAUAGACCUUUCCAGCCUCCUCUGAAGAUGCCGGGAUUCCCGAUGUACGGGAAGCCGUUUGGCCUGCAGUGUGGAGGUCCCGUGCCUUUUCACCCCCACCCAGGUUCACGCUCAGGGGUUAGGAACACCCACUCCACCACCUCCCAGUACAAGUCACCUCCCUCCCCUUCCAGCUCCAGUGGCUCUGAAGGAAAAUCUCCCGCCACAGGUGCACAGUCCCAGUCUGCCACAGGAGCCUCACCUUCCAGCGAGGGUUCCAAAUCCAGUAAACCUCACUCAGAGACCCAGAAGGGCCAGAGUGCCAAGCCAUCUGCUCCCACCCCGUCCCCAGAUGUAGCGUCAGCAUCUCCCUUCCUCCCCUCCUCACCCUCUUCUUCCCUUGAAGAUGACGAGGAGGAGGGUACCCUGGACCGAUCUGCGCCCCAGGAGGGAAUGAGGAAAAAUCGUCGGCCCAAACGCCAGUUACCCGCCACCCCUCCCUCUGUCACCCCCGGCAACCAGAGCUCUACCCCUGCCGAACCCCAAAGGGUGCCCGCCGAGGGGGACCCCGACUGGCACCCUGAAAUGGCACCGAGCUGCAAGGAUGUGGUGGUUACUGACGUCACCACCAACCUCGUCACCGUGACCAUAAAAGAGUUCCCCUCCCCGGCUUCAUGCCCAUCCUCACCCUCAGCUAGCCCCGAAAACGCCUCUUCCCCUCUCCCCAGCACCAUCUCCGAUGACCCUGCCCCACCCAAGGAGCAUCUCUGGUCCAGACAGCGCGGUGCCAUCAGUUAUACACACAGUGAGGGCGACAAGGAGAAAACAGCAGCGCCUCUGACAAACAUCUUCUUCAUAAUGAAGUUCAUGGUGGUGCUUGUUGGAGCGGGCACCUUGGCCUUCCUCGGCGCGGUCAUCUGCAUCAUCGCCAGUGUGUAUCCCCGUAAACGCGCCGCGCCUCUCAGCGACAACAGCACCCUGACAUCGGAGUCGCUGCUCCAGCCCCUGGAGCCCGGAUCGGUGGCACACGCCGGGCCGCUGGGCGCUCUGCACGGCGCCGAGUCCUACGAUGGAGGGAACGGGAUCGGUGGCAUCGGUCUGGAGGUCCCCACUCUGAACGAGCUCAACCUCGGGGAGGAGACCGGCGGAGGGUCCGCAAAACAGUUCAGCUUCAGCCGGUUGAUCUGCACACCUGUUCCCGUCGGAGAAUGCAAGACCAAGGAUCUGAGGCAGAGGCGGGAGCAGCAGCAGCAGCAGCAGCAACAGCAGCAGCAGCAGCAGGCGGACGAUCCAUAUGGAGCCGGGGAUGAGGACUGGACUUAUCUUCGGACCACUGCGGAGGAGCUCCGGCAGAUGGUCCUGCAGCAGAACGACCAGAUUCUCAUGGACCAGAGGACCAUCCGGGAGCUCACAGGGAAGCUGAGUGAAUGUGAGAGUGACCUGGAGGAUGAGAAGAGCACCCCGGAGCGGAGCAUCGGGGUCUGGAGCGGCAACCGCCGGGUCAUGGCCGGGGAUGAUGUGAGCUCUUCCGCCGCGGCGCAGCUGCAGACGGCGCGGGCAGUGGAGGAGCUGGCCAGGGCCAUCAUGGACCUGAAGGACCGCAUUGAGAAACUGGAGGCGGAGAUAGGCCCUGCCGCCUUGAACCUCACCGACACAUCCAUGGGUGCAAGUAGCAGCAGCCCAGCUGGUCACAAUGUCAAGGCUCCCACUCCGCCCACAGGUGGUGCUUCUUCCUCACCUUCUGUGUCUACCCCAGGGGGCCGCCGCCCCGCCUCCCCUGCUUCAUCUGCCCCCAAGCCCCCAUCUAAGGGCACUCCUGGGCGCGGAAAGGGCACCUGGAGGGUGGAGGACCUGGAGGGGGAGCUGGAGAGGAAAAUAAAGAUGUUAGAGAAGGAGCGACAGGCUAUGAGGAAGGAGACGCAGGGCCAGCAUGAGAAGAUAAACCAGGGCAUCGAUACCGUCAACCACCGCGUCACUGAGCUGGAGCACACGCUGACAGAGCCGUCGUUCCCUGAUGGCUUCGUCCUCUCCUUCCCCAUGCGCACCAACUACAUGUACGGCCUGGUCAGGAAAGAGAUAACUGAGAUGUAUGCCUUCACUGCCUGUGUAUGGCUGAAGGCUAAAGAAGGGGGAAUUGGGACCCCCUUUUCCUACUCAGUGCCGGGGCAGCCCAAUGAGCUGGUGCUGCUACAAGGAGUCCACAACCCCGUGGAGCUGCUCAUCAACGACAAGGUGGCGCAGCUGCCUUUGUCGCUCCCACAGGAUGAGUGGCAACACAUCUGUGUUAGCUGGACCCUGAGGGACGGAGUGUGGAAGGCCUACCAGGGAGGAAAGAUGAAGGGGAGGGGAGAAGGACUGGCUGCCUGGCAUCCCAUCAAGCCCGGGGGAGUCCUCAUACUGGGCCAGGAGCAGGAUACACUGGGUGGGCGUUUCGAUGCCUCCCAGGCGCUGGUCGGUGAGCUCUCCCAAUUCAACCUGUGGGACCGCGUGUUGAAGCCUGCCGAAGUGGCUGCUCUGGCUGACUGCAGCUCCUCAGUGCUUGGCAACAUCGCCCCCUGGACCGAUCUCGAUGUAGAUGUCUACGGCGGUGCCACCAAGGAGUCCUUGGACCCGUGCCACGCUGGUCAGAGAUCCAACCCAUCCAGCCCCAAACAAUGAAAGGAGACUUUGAGAAGUCAGCCAGGGGUGGUCCAAUUGUUUUAAGGGUCAAUUUGGUAGCCGAUUAAGGAGAAAUUUAAAGGCAUAUCACAUUGGGGUUUACAGUGCAUUUGUUUGUUUGGGGAAGGGAAGCUUACUGGUGGACUGAAAUGCUGUGAUGUGAUGGAGCUAAAUGUGAUGGAGCUACUAAAUCGUUAAGAGCGGUGUAUCUGUUUUGUUUUUUUGUGUUGGUGUCCAUGCUCAUGUGUUAACUUCAGCAGUGAGAUACAGUAAGUUUGGUCACAGAAUCACCUUAGUGAAGGCUGCAUGGGUGGAUCAACUUCUGGCAAGAAGGGGACUCUAAUGGAUACAUUCCAUAAUAGAUCGAUGAUUGGCUCUGAUAAGAUGCCUCUGUUCUAGGUCAUAAUCUUUUGGGGCAGUUAACCAUACUGUACAUGGUUAUUCAGGCAGAGGGCUUUGACACAUUUGUAUACAGUAGCUAUUGAAUGAACAUUUAAUGAUGCCACUGAUCUAAGGGUUUCUUAAUUUUACAGCUAAGUGACACAAAGUUCUGUCUCUCCUCAUCUUGUGUCCAGGUGGUUGUGUUUAAUGCUUAAACUGAUUUUUGAGAUGCUGUUAUAUUUAUUUUAACACUCAAUGGGAGAAACUGAAUGAGUUUUGUUCAUUUUGAACUGUACAUGAUCCUGUUGAGUAAUGUCUGUGUACGUUUAAGUUUUAUACAGUAUACUGCAAACCAUGAUUUGGUAAAACAGUGGUCUUAUAAAUGUGUAUUAUUGUGUAAUGUAUCUCUGCUAAUGUUGCUCUGUGCCAGUCUGCUCCCCUUGCUGUAGCCUCACACACACCUUACAGAUCUGCAAAGCUAAGAUGCAGUGUUUUUUCAUUUGCAACUUGGACAAAACAGCGCUCUUAAAUUGACCUCUGAAAUAAACACUUGAUGUCUAACUAAGCACCAAUCAAUCAGGCGCUGAAACUGUGACAAACCUGAGUGAGUUUAGUAAAACUGUGUUGUACCCUCAAUUGUAAGCUAUAUGAAAUGUAAGUGUAUUUGCAUGAGAAAAGUGUUUUCAGCAAGGUCACAUUUCCUGUCACUGACAAAAGAAACUCAAAAUGUGUAAAUUACAGUGUUGGUGUCACCAGACUGCCCCACACUCUGAAACACACAGAUGUCUUUUUGGUAAAUCAGAUCCUCACAGAAUAGGGAGGGAAGUGUAUGAAGUGGACUGAUUCCAUGGUGACCGUUUUGUACUUGAAUCUGACUC